AAUUGUUAUUUUAGUUCAAUUUAUCUUAAAUUUUUCCACAAGAGAAAAAUGGUUUUCAUUUCACAGAUAAUCAAGAAACAUUUAACGUUAUGUGAAAAAUAACACAUUUGAUACAGAAAGCACAAGUAAUCAAAAAUUCAAUUACUUUAAAAAUCUCAAAAGCUGUUGAAUGUUUAUAAUGCUUGCACUUUGCUUGACUUUUGUAUAUAUUGUGCCUGGACAAAUGAUGGUACCCGAUCAAGUAUUUUACUGGCCAAUUAAACCUUUUAUUUUUUAUACAAGUAACAGCAACUUAGACGGUAUAUUACCGUUUAUGUACAAACGUUUACAAGAGCUGUGUUGUCCUUCAAUAGACUUAGUACAAUAUCAUUUAAUUAACAAAACGUUUGAUCAAAAUAAUUUUUAUAAAAGUUUAGAAAAAGAAAAUAACGUUAGUAGUGAACUCCAAAAUUAUACAGGAAAAAAUGGAAUAUGGUUUCCCCUAUUAGUUUCAUUAGAUGAAAAUAAAUUGAAACGUAGAAAUCUAAAGAGAGAUAUUUUUAUGUAUUCGCCAAAGAUCGGAGUUAUUGUUAAUAAAAACAAAAUUACGGUAUCGCGUAAAAUUUUUGAAGCUAUUAAAAAAAGCGUUCCAAUUGCAUCACAUGCUAUUGGAUUUAUUUUGCUUUUCUCGUUACUCGUAUGGUUAGUGGAAUCCUUAAAAAACAAUGAUUUCAGUAAAUGCUUCAUAAAAGGAUUUGGCACAAGCUUGUGGUGGUCAGUUGUUACCUUAGCAACAGUUGGAUAUGGUGAUAUUGUACCUAAAUCAAUGUUAGGUCGAUUUUUUUCAGUUCUAUGGAUGCUUAUAGGAAUCAUACUUAUUUCUGGAUUGACAGGAAUGUUCAGCUCAAUAAUCACAACAAAUUCUUUUUUAAGUAUACAACACCAAAAGAUUGCAGCAUUGAAUAAUUCAAUAGAAUUUAUAUUGGCUCAAAAAAAUUUUAACAUAACUGCUAAUAAAGUAUAUCAUUCCUACAACGAUGUAUUCAGAGAUGUAAAUGAUAAUAAAGUUGACUAUGGAGUUAUCAACAUUGAUGUUUUGUUAAAUAUGGAAUAUAAAAAAGAUUACUCUAAUAUUGUUCUUGUACAAUUAUUAGAAACUUCGUCGCCCAUAUUAAUAGUGUUUGGUAUUGAAACUUAUCUUAUGUCUAUUUCAUAUCCAUCUACCUCGUUACAAAAUGAUGUUGUUUUGAACUGCCUCAAAAAGUUAAAUAUAAAAGAAAUAUUGAAAAAUAUCCAAGAAAUAUAUGGAAAAAUCCCAACAAUAGAUUCUGAUGUCCAACAAAAAAUAGGUGACUUUUGGGACGAAAGUUACGUAAAAAUGCCAUCAAUAGUCACUUUAACUUUAAUUAGCGUUCUUGUUUCUAAAGACGUGUUUUAUUUCAUUUACAAGAUAUAUGAACGUCAAAACCACAAAAAAGUUGACAAUAAAACCGACGCUGUUAAAAAUACCGAUACUUCUGUAAAAAUCGUUUGCGAUGAUAAACUAAAUGUGGAUAGAUUUUUGGCUGAUAAUAAUGAUUUACUCAAAGAAUUGCUUAUAAUUAAGGAACAGAUAUUUUUGUUUUACACAAUGCAUAAAGAGAAGUGCCCAGUUUGUUUAAAACAGGAUUCUCAAGUUUAAAUCCAAAAUAAACAAAACUCGUAUCAUUAUUUACUUUAAACAAGUAUUAACAAGAAUAAAGUAUCGUUUUUUUUGGUUAUGAAUUUUGCAUUCAAUUAUGGUAAUAAAAUAAAAAAGGCGAAAAAAGAAAAUAGUUUAUUUACAACAAAAGAGAUAGUUAUAAAAAGUAAAAAAUCAGAAAUAACUAGAAAAAAGCAUAUAAUUUAGUUAAAAAAAAAUGAUAUUGUAAAAAUUAUAUUGUAAGUAAAACAACUCAACUGGAAAAGAAAUUUUUUUUUUACAUGAAAACUAGAAAAAAGAAAUAUCCUUUUUUUCCCUUUUGGUUAAAAUGGUGCUGCAAGAUAACUUAGCGACUUAACUGUCAAAGAACACUUUUAGCCUACAGCGGAUGAGUAUUUAAAUAAGAAUUCACGCCGCUGUCUUAGUGUUGCAAAUAUGACAAGAACAAAAAUCAUACACAGAGCCUCAUGAACUAAAGCCAGCGUUCUUUUACUACGGCUUCUCUCGAAUUCGAGAAUAAAAGUUGGAUUUUGCAUAUUGAAAAAAUAAAUGCAAUUUAAACAUUGCUUUUUAUUCCUACAACUCCCCAUCUUUGUAGCUAAAGAUUUUAUUACAUUAUCAAUUGCUGCUUGUAGGAGCUUUUUUUUAUCUAACAGUAAAAAAAAACUUUUUAGAUAGUUAAAGGGUAAAUAUUAUUGAUGGGUACAAAUAGUAGCUUAGUUUAUUAUUGUCGUAUUUUGACAGU